UAUGUGCUAUUCUUCUCAUAUCUCUGCAGUUGAAAAGGCAUGGCUGAACACAUGAUGAUGCCAAUGAGCCACGGCUCUGCUGGCGGAGGCCUGCAUGGGUAUCGCAUGGGAAUGAACGGCCCUUCUGUGCACGGACACCAGCCCAGUCUGCGGACCCUUCCCAAUGGGCAGCUCAUGCACUACAGUAGGGGGCCCCCGAGCUCCAUGGAAGCGGCCAUGAGGCAGAGGAAUGUGAUGAAUGGCGUCAUGAACGGUCAGGUUAACGGCCAGAUAAGUGGUGGACACCCCCACCAAAUGCAGCCAGCCAAUAUGAUGUAUGGAGGUCCGAAUCAGCAACCGCAAGGUCACCCUCAAACCCAGCACCAUCAUAUGCACCCGCAGAACCAACACCCACAGCAGUAUAUGGGUGGAGGAGGCCUUACAGCAUCUCAGCAGCUUAUGGCGAGCAUGCAUCUUCAGAAACUCAAUACCCAGUACCACGGGCACCCGUACGGUCCUAUGAAUGGGCAUCACAUGGGAAAUGUCCAGCACAGAAUGGGUCCUGCUCAGUUAGCAAGCAUGCAGAUGGGGAUGGGCGGGCCAACAUUGGGCCUCAAUGUCAUGGACAUAGACUUGAUUGAUGAGGAGGUUCUGACAUCCUUGGUGUUGGAACUUGGGCUGGACCGGGUUCAAGAGCUUCCUGAGCUUUACCUCGGACAAAAUGAGUUUGAUUUCAUCUCAGACUUUGUGUGCAAGCAGCAACCAAGCACUGUCAGCUGCUAAAAUUCUGCUUCUGGUCCUUAAUUCAAAGAAAGACUUGGUCAUCAAGAAAUAUCUGGGGCAAGAUGAGAAAGGCUAAAACAACCAGGUUCCCUUUAUCUGUGAAGCUGUGCUAUGCAUGUUGUAGUGCACACGUUUUGCUUUCAAUGAGGCAAAA